UGACAGCAUGGUUCAGGGAAGUCUCCAAAAGUCCUUUUCUGUUGACAUAAAUCAUACCGAUCCAAACCAGUGGAAACAAGCCAACAGCAACAUUAUGGUGAAAGCUCUGCUCCUUCUGCUGUUUCUUUAUGCAGUCAAUGGGCUGAGUGUGGAGAAGAUAUGUGCAAAGUCUGGUGAGAUGGUGGCGCUACAAUGUCCCAGUCAAAAGCCAAAUGUGAUCUGGAGCCUUCCUCACAACAAAAAUCAGAGCGACCUCCUGAUCACUGAUGGGACUCUGGUUUUACUCAGAGCUUCAGAGGAGCAGCAGGGACACUACUCUUGCUCACAUAGUGCAUUUAACAAGACAUUUGACUUGAGAGUGUACACUACCCUGACUGGUGACUGUGAGAAUGUUACGCAGUACAGAACGCUCUGCUUUAGUGAAUACACCUGCACUCUGGACUGCCCAGUCACCAACACUCCUCCAAAGACCAGUCCAGAUCUUACCAGCAAAGGGGUCACAUGGCAACAGGAUGGUAGGAUCCUGUCAGAAGAUGACAAGUAUUACUUCCCAAGUGUGCAGGAGACUGACCGGGGUGUUUACAUCUGUGUGAGGUCAUUUCUGUAUGGUAAUCAAGUCUAUAACACUUCAUUCACCGUGACACUGGAACUCGAGCCUGAAGAGACUAUUAAAAAUGAAGGGAUCAUCUCACCACAUCCGAAUCAAGUAUUUUUUGUAGACUUGGGAUCUCCUCUGGUGAUCAACUGCACAGCGCUGAUAUUUUCAGAUUUUCAUGAGAUUUACUGGAAAAUGUACGACUUUUCGAUAAACUCAUCAGCCAGUUCGAGGGUGCACGUUUCUAAUUCAAAUGAGAUUUUGGAUGACGGGGAAAAGUCUACAGUCUCUCUCAUAUUUAAAGAAGUUUCUAAGGAGGAUCUGUCCACAGUUUUCACCUGUAAACUAGAGUCUACAUCCCAGCACCCUGUCUGUGUCAACAUCACUCUGGCACUAAAAGAGCGCCCCUCUUAUGCUGCUAUGACGAGUACUGCUGUCGUCAUCCCUGUUGUCAUGGUUAUAUUUGUGCUGAUUUACAUUAAAUACAAGAUUCACAUCACUCUGUUCCUGAGAGACACCUUUGGGUGCCACAUCAGAGCUUCAGAUAAAAGGAGCUAUGAUGCCUUUGUAAUGUACUACAUGAGUGAGCAGGGACCAGGACUCAGUGAAGAUGACAGAAGAACUCUGCAGAGUGUGUUAGAGGAUAAAUUUGGGUACAGUCUCUGCCUCUUUGAUCGUGAUGUGCUUCCUGGAAAAGCUAUAGCUGAUGCAGUGUUGGAGUGUGUGGAGCAGAGCCAUGCAGUGAUCUUGACCCCCUCAUCUCCAGAUCUCACCUUUGAGUCUGCUCUCCUCAGUGCCAUCCACAAAGCCCUGGUGGAACGCCAGACCCGCCUGGUUUUCAUCAAAAAUAAACCCACAGAAAAAACAGAGGCAAUCGUACAGUCAGAGACCUUACAGAUGCUCACGGAUAUGGGAAACUGUGUCACAUGGGAAGGGUCGCUUGCUUUGUCAUCUUUCUUCUGGAAAGAACUGAGAUAUCACCUCCCACCUGUAAAAGAGCCUCACAGGAUACCACUGUUACCCCAGUAGUCAUUUAUAAUGUGCAACAGAUGCUAUCAAUAUUUCCUGUCUGUGCCAGGCAUUGGAGGCAUUGCUCUGUCUGAAGCUCUGGCCUACUCAUAUUAAACUUAAAUAUGAGCUUUAUUUACAAUCUGACCCUAAAGACUUUUGCUUGUCCAAAAACGGCUUUCAGUGAUAAUCAGAAUUAAUUCAUUAAUGGCAUUAUGAAUGGUGAAACAUCUGAACUUUACUAAAGAAAAAAAAAUGUAAAAAGAAAAAAAAAAGUGUUAUGUGUGUGAUAUUAUUUUGUUGUAGGUAUGAAGCUGAAUGUACAGUUAUGACUGACUAAUAAUGGCAUUUUAAUUGUUGGGUUUGACAUCACAGCAUUCUGUAAUCUGAAAACCACUCAUAUCGAUAGGAAUCAACUACUUUACUUUUCCUACACCUUUUUGAGCCCAAAUGCAGUAUUGCCUCAUAAUGUGUGUAUUUAUGUAUGUCAAAUAA